ACCAAAAGGUGUCCUAAUGGCCGCGGGGCAUUCCCCACAACUAACCGCCUCAUCUCAUUCUCUCCCGCCACAAGCUACCGCGAAUGCUUCUUACUUUUGGCCACCGAGCAGCUUUUUCGGCGUUUCGCUCCCGAGGUAGGCUCAUGCGGCGGAGGCGCUGUCUACAACUGACUCCUCGCAGUUAUAACACCCCUUGCCCAGACUUGCUCUCUGUUGUCCAUAUCGCGUACGAUGUACAGCACAUGCGCCCCACGCAGUAAUGAGUGGACACGUUCGCCUGCUGAAUUCGACUUCCGCUCUGACACCGUGACCUCGCCGACACCCUCUAUGCUCGCCGCACUCUCCAAUGCCUCCCUCGGCGAUGACGUCUACCAAGAAUCAACGACCACGAAUGCCCUCUCCACCCGUAUCGCGAAACUCUUUGGGAAAGAAGUCGCGCUAUUCGUUCUUUCAGGGACGAUGGGGAAUCAGCUCUGUAUCCGUGCGCUUCUCGAGCAGCCGCCGUACUCGGUACUUUGCGAUCACCGGGCCCACAUCUGUACGUCUGAAGCGGGCGCAACGGCGUUAAUCUCACAGGCAACCAUCACCCCAGUGAUACCCCGCAACGGACUCUAUCUCACUCUCGAGGACGUGAAGAAACACGUUAUCAUCUCGGAUGACAUCCACUACGCGCCUACUAAGAUUAUAUGCUUGGAGAACACCAUUUCGGGUGUGAUUCAUCCCCUCGACGAGAUCAAGCGGAUAUGUGCUUUUGCUCGAGAGCAUGGGAUCGGCGUGCACCUGGACGGCGCAAGAUUGUGGAAUGCAUGCUCCGUUCCCUCGUCGCCAUCGCUUGCGGAAUAUGCACGUGAGGCGGACUCGGUGUCGGUGUGUGUUAGCAAGUCGUUGGGUUGUCCUGUAGGCUCUUUCAUCGUGGGAUCAGAGAAACUGGUCGCAAAGGCGACUCACAUGCGGAAACUUCUCGGGGGCGGGAUCCGGCAGGCCGGGAUCUUGACGGCAAUGGCGGAGGUUGGACUAGACGAGGUGUAUCUAGCUGGAAGAUUGGAAGAGUCAAAUGUAUAUGCCAAGCAAGUGGAGGCUGCAUGGGUGAGAUGCGGAGGGACGGUGACACUGCCGGUGGAUACCAAUGCCGUGUGGCUUGACCUUGAAGGCCGAGGGGUCAGCUUAGAGAUUUGGCAGCAGGUUGGGGAGGACAUCGGAGUUAAACUAGGCGGUGAACGGAUCAUGUGUCACUUCCAGAACUCGGCUGAGGCGGUCAAGAGGUUGGAAGAUGUUAUGAAGGAGGCUUGCCGCAGGGCAGAUACUGUAGGGCUGGGCACAGAGAGGGGAGGAGAGGAUGAGGUAGCGUCCAAGUCGUAUCUCAGAAGUAAACAUUGAUAAGGCUGUUUCUCGCCGGCAUUACCGGUUUGCUUGAAGGUUUCAGGGCCUGUUCAUUCGGCUCGUUUAAGGUCUUUCGUGUUUUCCUUACGUCCGUAUCAUUCUAGACCCUGGGAGGCGUUCGGCUGUUUGUAUCGACUGCAGAGGACUUUUUAUGGUCUCACAAGCCCUGGUAUCCGUGG